CUCGCUCGCCGGUCGGACGAUGAUGUUACACAGUCUUGUUGACAUGUGCUGUCGGCCAUAUUUUAAACGAGUUUGGGUUGUCCAGGAACUUGCGAUGGCAAAAAACGAUCCAAUUAUGCACUUAGGCAAGAAUACCGUGCUCUGGUCUCAGCUGGCCACUUUCGUGGAUAAGGUACUUGAGAGUAUGGAAGAAGCUUGGAUAAACAACUCACAAGGAAUGGUGGAGGAUUCUGAGAACAUAGAGGAUGAUGUAACAGGCCAUCUAGUUCCAAAUUCUGGGGAUGUGAAGCAGGUAUCAAGCGAUAUGCCGGAGGACUCUGACCAAAACAGCUGGCCAUUGAGUACAUGGUUCGGCUGUGGGAAUUUCGAUGGUGCAAGACAUGUUCAGCAAUUACAAGAGAUCAGAAAGCUGUAUUUCCAGGGUGACUUGGAUUUGGUUUACUGUGUGUGCUUGUCACACCACCUGUGUGCAACUGAUCCGCGAGACAAAAUAUAUGGAUUUCUAGGUGUAGCCAACACCCCAAGGUUAUUCGUAACACCAGAUUAUUCCAAGACUGUUCAACAAGUUUUUUGCGAGAUCACGGCCACCAUGAUACUUGAAAGCUUUGUUACGGUAUACGCACAGUCAUUGCAUGAUUCGUAUUUGGGCGACGAGUCAUUCUCAAAAAAGCUAUCUGACUUACCUUCUUGGGUCCCUGACUGGAGCAUAACUAUCCAAGAUAAUGGGGAUUCGACGACGUUACAUAAGUGGAUCUCUUCACCAAAGUUUAACCCGGCGUUUUAUAAACUUCUCCAUUUCAGAUUCUUCAAUGAGUAUACACCAGUUGCGAGGUUUUGUUGUGACUACAAAACUUUGUAUACAACCGGAAUGCAUAUGGGUACCAUAGAUGUAACUUCCGCAUGCUAUCUCAUGCAAAUCCGACGCGACGAAUCUGGACGAUCCCAUUAUCUUUCAGCAACUUCAUUGCUUCAGUUCUACAACACUGUCGCGAAACUUAAGAGUAUAGCGCCAGAACUACUGUUCUCGUUGAUGGUAGGAGAGGCAAUCCCUUUACAGGAAGUUCAGGAAGCAGCCGACACGCAGCAGUCAAACAACACAUACAUACACGAAGGCCCUUUCUUACGCGAAGAAGGGUGGUUCAGGCUUCAACCAAGAACAGCAUGCUAUACCUUGUUCAUGACAGAAGAUGGUCAAAUUGGUGAAGUCUAUCAUCCAGAUCGUAUCAACGGCAUUCGCUCAGGUGAUCAACUCGUCGGUUUGUUUGGCAUCAAUAUGCCUUUCAUUCUGCGACCAGGUCCACGGGGCUACGAAAUGAUCAACAUGGCACAUCUUCCCCAACUCGAAAAGUUAGGACAUGAAUUCAUGGAGAACGCAACCCCAGAAGCAACAUGGAGAGAUCUCGAAAAAUACGGCAUGAAGGAGUACGUCAUCGUCUGAAAUGCAGGAUACUGGAAUGCAGAAGAUUACACAGUACUAAAGAAUAUUUCACUCUGCUCUUCUAUAAUACACAAACGCAACAUGUUUCUCUUCAACGAUUGCCAAAUCGCCACGCAUCUCUCUCUUCAAACGACCCACAUCCAUC